ACACACACACACACAUGUAGGUACACACAACACACACCAGUGUGAAUUAGGUAAAAGGAGCAACAGCAGGUUAGAAGUCUUGCUCAAAAGUAUGUCAGCCAUUGAGAUGAUAUAACCCUGAGCACGGGGAACGGUUUACCACCUGUCUCAGCUCUAAAAAAGCAUCAGUGUGCCGCUGCAUGAGCAAUAUCUUCCUUAAGGAGGACAAAGGAAUCUCACCACCACCCGCAACUGCUGCUAAGGUGACCACCAAUGUUGAAGACAGCUGGUCUCAUUCUCCUGUUGCUGUGGUGUGGGCAGGUUGGGACUGCAGCCAAUAGUGAAGCAGUAGUAAAUGUCCACACCAAUAGCACAGGCAAAGAGGGCUGCUCCCAACAGCCAGACAUCAGCACUGAGCUGAGAGACAUGAGUCGUCUCAUUUUGGAGCAGAGAGAGGAGCUCCGACACACCAAGACACAACUGGAGGCCUUAGAGAACAGACUGAGUGCCAGUGAAAGUCUGAUCGAUCAACUAAAAGCUGAAAAUCAGGCUUCCCAGAGGGAGAAAGAACAGAGCAGGGUGUCUUUCUCUGCCUCACUGCUGACAGGGGGCACUCAAAGUAUUGGACCCGCUGGGGACCUUCCUCUGGUUUUUAAAAACAUCAUCACUAACAUUGGUGGGGCCUACAGUGCAUACACAGGGGUCUUCAGAGCUCCAAUUAGAGGAGCCUACUGGUUUUCUCUGACUGUAUAUGGUCUUGGUCAUCAAACGAUUCAUACUGCAGCCUCACUACUGAAAAAUGGAGGGCAUGUUGUCAUUGUCUACUGUCACCAGCCAGUAUACAGCGGAUCUUGCUCUAAUGGAGCCUCUCUGCUGCUGGAGGUGGGAGACGAAGUCUUCGUUAGGCUGCAUCCUGGUGCAUGGGUGCGUGAUAUCCCACAACACCCCACCACCUUCUCUGGACACCUGCUUUUCCCCAUGUGAGCAAGGAUGAAUUACUGCACGGGCCUACCGGGCACAGGCACAGGGGCCCAAGUACCAAGGGGGCCCUGAAACCCAAACCUCUGAGCAACAACCCCCCUCCCCCCACUUAAUUACAAAAAACCAAAGCAUAGCGUUUUCACUCGUAAUAGCAAUACGUACUGCAAUUUAAAAUCUUGUGUAUGGUCUGUACCUGUACAUACAUAAGGGCCUACAGUACAAGGUGUAAUGGACAAUAAAGCU